AUGCUGUUGGGGCUAGGGAAGGCAGCGAGCGAGGUGGCAGCGACCGACCGCUCCUUGGGUCGUCUGCGGUACCAGCUCUGGACCUGUUGCCUAAAGGUCCUCAGCUUCUCUCCCUUCGUGGCAGGGGAGGCACCUGCUGCAGAAGUUUCUUCUUUUGUGAUCCUAUCUUUGUGCAGUUUAAUGAUAUUAAUAGUGUUAAUUGCAAACUGUGUAUCCUGUUGUAAGGACCCAGAAAUAGACUUUAAGGAAUUUGAAGAUAAUUUUGAUGAUGAAAUAGAUUUCACACCACCAGCAGAAGAUACUCCCUCUGUUCAGUCCCCAGCAGAGGUCUUCACACUUUCGGUACCAAAUAUUUCACUACCAGCUCCAUCCCAAUUCCAACCUUCCGUAGAAGGUUUGAAGUCUCAAGUUUCCCGCCACAGUCUAAACUAUAUACAGGAAAUUGGAAAUGGCUGGUUUGGAAAGGUCCUCCUUGGAGAAAUUUACACAGGCACUAGCGUAGCAAGGGUGAUAGUAAAAGAGUUAAAAGCAAGUGCAAGCCCAAAGGAACAAGAUAUGUUUUUGAAAAAUGGAGAACCUUACUAUAUUCUUCAGCAUCCAAAUAUUCUUCAGUGUGUUGGACAAUGUGUAGAAGCAAUUCCCUAUCUCCUGGUGUUUGAGUUCUGUGACUUGGGUGACCUGAAAGCUUAUCUGCGCAGUGAGCAAGAGCACCUGCGGGGGGAUUCACAGACCAUGCUGCUGCAGAGGAUGGCGUGUGAGAUCGCUGCAGGGCUCGCAGCCAUGCACAAGCUGCACUUCCUGCACAGUGAUUUAGCCCUGCGGAAUUGUUUUCUUACCUCUGACUUAAAUGUGAAAGUGGGAGAUUAUGGAAUAGGAUUCAGCAGGUACAAGGAGGAUUAUAUUGAAACAGAUGAUAAAAAAAUUUUCCCUCUGCGAUGGACUGCUCCAGAAUUAGUAACCAGCUUUCAAGACAGACUACUAACUGCAGAUCAAACUAAGUAUAGUAAUAUCUGGUCCCUGGGUGUGACACUUUGGGAGCUUUUCAAUAAUGCUGCUCAGCCCUAUUCAAACCUUUCCAACUUAGACGUUCUCAAUCAUGUCAUUAGAGAGAGAGACACAAAACUCCCUAAGCCCCUGCUGGAGCAGCCUUAUUCUGAUAGAUGGUAUGAAGUUUUACACCUCUGUUGGCUGUCACCUGACAAGAGACCAGCAGCCGAAGAUGUGCACAGACUGCUGACUUACCUGCGCAUGCAGAGCCAGCGGGACUCGGAAGUCGACUUUGAACAACAGUGGAAUGCUCUUAAACCAAAUACCAACAACAGAGACACUUCCAACAAUGCCGCAUUCCCGAUUCUCGACCAUUUUACCAGAGAUCGGCUUGGUCGUGAACUGGAGGAAGUCCUCACUGUGACCGAAACGAGCCAGGGCCUGAGCUUUGAAUAUGUCUGGGAGGCUGCAAAGCAUGACCAUUUUGACGAGCGCAGUCGGGGCCACCCAGAGGAAGCCUUGUCCUACACAAGCAUCUUCUUUCCCGUUGAAGUUUUUGAGAGUUCCCUUUCAGAUCCCGGGCCUGGAAAACAGGAUGACAGUGGCCAGGAGGUCCCCCUUAGGGCCCCUGGAGUGGUUCCUGUCUUUGAUGCCCACAACCUUUCUGUUGGAAGUGACUAUUAUAUCCAAUUAGAAGAAAAAAGUGGUAGCAACUUAGAGCUUGAUUACCCACCCGCAUUGCUCACGACUGAAAUGGAUAAUCCAGACAGGAUAGGUGCUGAGGCAACCCGGUUUUCGGCUCACAAGAACCUGGAAUUUGAGGAAUCUAGUACAGAUGAGGAUUUCUUUCAAAGCAGUGCAGACCCCAAAGAUUCUAGCUUACCUGAGGACUUACAUGUGACUGGUGGCACCGAGAGCCCUUUCAAUAAUAUAUUUAAUGACCUUGACAAAUCGGAGGAUUUGCCCAGUCACCAAAAAAUAUUUGACUUAAUGGAACUCAAUGGAGUUCAAGCUGACUUUAAGCCAACUACUUUAAACCCAAGUUUGGAUGACCCCAAAGAGUCAACAAUAACUUGCCACAUUGAGAAGGAAAAGCCCCAUAAGCUUUUUGACUGUGACCCUCUUUGCUUAUCAGAAAAUCAUAUGCACCAAGAUAAUUUCCAUCCAUUGGAUGUUCAAGAAUUGUCAGAAAACUUUUUAUUUCUUCAAGAGAAGAACUUAUUAAAAGAUUCGUUGUCUAGCAAAGAACAUAUAAAUGAUCUUGAAACAGAACUUAAGAAUGCUGGCUACACUGAAACAAUGUUAGAGACUUCACAUAGUAACUCUUUAGAUACCAAGCUUAAGUUAACUGAAAAUAAAUCAGGCUUUUCUUUGUUACAAGAAAACAUAAGCCCAAAAGGUAAAGAUAUAGGCGUCACGCUCAAGGGCAACUCCUUGAGCACCUCAUUGCAGUCGUCCCCAGAAGUGCAGGUACCUCCUACCUCACUGGAAACAGAAGAAACACUUCCUAGUGUACCUCUAGAUUCAUUCCUGAAGCCAGGAGAAACAAAACCCAUGAGUUUAGAUGUCAGUGUCCCUGAGGACUCUCUCUGCCUGGACAUGAAUCCAGACUCUGUGACUGUCCCCGUUGAAAUUCUCUUGACUGAUGCCAAAACCCACGGCGUUGGGCGUGGGUCCCAGGACUUGACUCUCCAAAGUGAGGAGACUUUGAGACUAACCAAAAGUGACUCUGUUCUUGUUGAUGAUAUUCUUGCUAGUAGGGUGAGUAUAGGGAGUAGUCCCCCAGAACUGAGACAGAACUUACAAAAUAAACCAUUUUCAGAAGACCAUCAUAGUAAUAGUUUGCUGGAGAAAGACUUGGAAGCUGUGGAGACUUUAAAUCAGCUCAAUUAUAAAGAUGCUACAAAGGAAGCAGGCUUGGUGUCUGCCCUUUCCUCAGACUCCACCAGUCAAGACAGCCUCUUAGAAGACAGCUUGUCAACACCUAUUCCAACCUCAGAACAAUCAGUGGAAACCCCAGACUCUCUGGAUUCAGUGGAUGUCCAUGCAGUCUUACUGGAUUCUUUAGGCUCCCGUGCUCCUCAGAAACUCGUGCCCCCUGAUAAGCCGGCAGACAGUGGCUACGAAACAGAAAACUUGGAGUCUCCUGAGUGGACUUUGCACCCUGCCCCCGAAGGCACCUCAGACUCAGACUCAGCUGCAGUGGCUGAUGGUGGUCGUAGCAGUUUGCCCUCCAACCCGGUCAUCAUCAUCUCAGAUGUAGGCGAUGGUCACCGAGGUACAGAAGCCACCUCACAGACUUUUGCACCUGGCUUCCAAAGUUCAUAUCGAGACUCUGCGUACUUCUCUGACAAUGACUCUGAGCCUGAUAAAAAGUUUGAGGAGGUCCCAGGAACCUCCACAUUGGCCUUGGUGUUGGAACAGGGUCAGGCUUUGCCCAAGCCAGUCAUUCCAGAACAAAGCCCUGGUGCCAAGGAUAGUUGCCUGGAAAACCAAAAGGGACACCCAGAUCAAAGUUGUCUGUACGCUUUGCAAAAUCCCAGUCACCUGGAAUUAAGAGAAACAUUGGAGCCAGCACAAGGUGAUGUUUCCAAACAGAUGCAUCCUACAGAGGAUGAGGCUGGCAGUCCCUCCUUGAGUCUGCUGAAUUCUGAACUUAGCGGUGGUGAUGACUUCACGACACAAGAAGAUUGCCCCUGCACCCUCACUUCGACUGGAACCAACACUAAUGAACUCCUUGUGUAUGCAAAUUCUACAGUGGAUAAGUCCUUAUCUGGACACUCCGAGGGCCCUAAGUUGAAGGAGCCAGAUAUUGAAGGGAAAUACCUGGGGAAACUCAGUGUGUCCGGGAUGCUCGAUCUCUCUGAGGAUGGCAUUGAUGCGGACGAAGAAGACGAAAACAGUGACGACUCUGAUGAAGACCUGCGGGCCUUCAACCUGCACAGCCUCAGCUCCGAGUCAGAAGAUGAAACUGAGCACCCCGUGCCUGUGAUCCUCAGCAAUGCCGAGGAUGGGAGAAACUUGCGGAGUUUGUUGAAACCAUCUGCAGCCGUGGCCAUUGAUCAGCUACCUGAUGACUGGAAGAAAGAAAAGAAGGCAGUAACAUUUUUUGAUGAUGUCACAGUCUACCUAUUUGACCAGGAGACCCCAACCAAAGAGCUGGGGCACUGUGGAGGAGAGGCGCGCGACCCCGAGCUGAGCAGCCCUGCACCGCCCUCGGGGUCUCCCUGCCUGAGCAGAUGCGUAAAUUCUGAAAGUUCCACUGAUGAAGAAGGUGGUGGGUUUGAAUGGGAUGACGACUUCUCCCCGGAUACUUUUAUGUCAAAGACAACAAGCAGCCUUCUCAGUUCCAAGCCUUCUCUUCAGACAUCAAAGUACUUUUCUCCUCCACCGCCACCCCGGAGCGCGGAGCAGAGCUGGCCGCACACGUCGCCCUAUUCCAGGUUCUCCAUCUCUCCCGCCAACAUCGCCAGCUUUUCCCUCACGCACCUAACGGACUCGGACAUCGAGCAGGGAGGAAGCAGCGAAGAUGGAGAAAAGGAUUAGGUGGCCGCAGAUGUGCGCUUGGGCCGAGGCUGCUCCCCCAGCAAUGACAUCCACUCACCAUUUGCUGACAUGAGACUGGGAGACAGAAUCAGGAGGUGAAGCGGGAGGCGGCCCUGAGCUCCUGAGCAGGGCCGCAGGGAGCCCGGCAGCUGGCAUCCCCCUGCGCCACGUGCCUCCUGCCACCCUCCACUUGAAGGGCUUGUGCCUGGUCGUUCCAGGGUGGCAGUGACACUGCCUCGGAUGUGUGGGGAAUUGUACGCACCGGGGCCUUUGGGUGUCCUUGGCAUCCACACCUGUCCGUCCUGGUCUCUGCACGGGUGCCACGAAGGAUGCACAAGGGGCAUGGUCACAAGCGAGCCAUAUUUAUUAUGUUUAAAGAGUCACUAAUUGCUUUCUGUAAUUGCACUGUGGAUAAGUGUUCUAAGAGCCCCCAGCAUUGUACAGAAUCUUAAAUUAUUCAAGGAAGAUAAGGCAGGUCAAGCUGGUGCUAUCCACUAGUUUGAUUUUUUGUUUGUUUUUUUAUAGUUUGUUUGCUCUGCAUGGUACUUGUAAAGCUUACAUAUUUUGAGUAUAGUGCUGUCUUCAGAAUUGUUGGAACUGUACAUAUGGUACCCUUUCAUAAAUGAUAAAUGAUUCUGAAUGUUAGUGUUCGGGGUGGCCAGUUAGCUCAGUUGGUUAGGGUGUGGUUUAU